CUGGGAACCAGUGCCUAGGACCACUGCGGCAGUCAAUAACAUCACGACGGAGGCGGACACGUUGUUCUUGCACACAUUCGCACUGGACUCAAGCUGUGGCCGACUGAGGAACUGACUCCAUACAAGAAUAUCAAAAUGGGUGACCCCAACUCGGUGCCAGCAGCACCAAUGGCGACCGAGGACGAACGGUCUGCUCUCACCUCACGGAUCAUCCCAACCAUGAGUCUUUCCACGGCUGAAAAUCCUCUCACAGCACCCUUGGCCCCCAUACAGGCCACAUCUCCUACAGACCGAGCAGCCGCCCGGUUCCAAGUGGAGGGCAAUGCUGUCCUCACGGGGGGAGCUGGCACAUUGGCUUUGGUCUCUGCCCGAGCACUACUUGAGCAUGGAGCCUCAGGAGUUGCGCUCAUGGACUUGCAGGCGACCAUCCACGCAUCCUCGCAGGCAAUAUCACAACUAAAGGAGGAUUUUCCCAAUGCGAGCAUCCAUACGAUCCAAGUCGACGUGACAUCGGAAUCGGAUGUGGACAAGGCUUUCCAUGUCGCUUCAGAUUUGAUGGGCAGCGUGGACAUGUUAUGUUGUUUCGCAGGAAUAGUCGGGUGCGUCCACUCCAUUUCCGCAACUGCCAGUCAGUUCCGCAAAGUCAUCGAUGUCAAUUUGACUGGGUCGUUCCUCUGCGCUCAAGCAGCCGCAAAGCGCAUGGUCGAAUCCAAAUUCGGAGGAUCCAUUGUUUUUACCGCCUCGAUCUCUGCUCACGCGACAAACUAUCCCCAACCUCAGGCAGCGUACAAUGUCAGCAAGGCGGGCGUCGCACAUUUGACGCAGAAUCUUGCGGCGGAAUGGGCUGUUCAUGGGAUCCGAGUCAACUGUAUCUCUCCGGGCUACAUGGACACCGUGCUGAAUGCCGGCGACAACCUGAAGCCAGUGCGAGACGUCUGGGCAAGUCGGUGUCCCAUGGGUAGAAUGGGCGACGUGGAAGAAAUCACAGGGCCUGUUGUUCUCCUCAGCAGCAGGAGGGCAGGCAGAUAUAUCACAGGAGCAGAUCUGCGAGUGGAUGGAGGGGCGCUGUGCUUUUGAGUUCCCGCGAGGCUGAAGAUGAUGGAACGCCUCUGCACAUGCAUUCAUAGACAUAGACUGUCCAUCGAGGAGUUUGAUUUGAUCCGCCAG